AUGAUUGCCACGUCCAUCUUCGUUUUGAUGAUGAUGCACAUUGGUACGGCUUCCGUCCAAUCGUGCCUCUUCCUUCCAAACGUCGUCUUGCACGGUGGUACCGUCGACGAGUUUCAGACUGUUGAUAUCACCCAGUGCUGCGUGCAAUGCUCGAACAGCGCUUGUUGUAUCGCCUACACCUAUGACACCACCAAGAAGAGGUGCUACCUCAAGAACGCCAUCGGACACUCCACUGAAGACUUCACCAUGACCAGUGGUCUCAAGCCAAAUUCCCGUUACGGUGUCACAUUGAAGAAUGUCAAAAUUCUCGGAGACCAAACCAACCGCCUCACCUUGAGAUCCGAGGAAGAGUGCCGACAAUACUGCUCCGCCUACCAAGUCUUCUCCUAUGGACCAGUGACCGGUGACCAUCUCUCCAAGACCGGCGAAUGCAUUUGUACAAUGAGGAUCAAGAGCUUGGGAUACGAGUAUGGAUGCACGUCGGAGAUUAAUCCAUCUCAAGGCUAA